GAGGAAAUAGUGGACAGAAACAGAUUUUUGGGUCUCUUUCUCUCUCUCUGUCUGAAAUCUGAAUGGUAACCUUCAAUGGAUUACAGCAAAUGGGCUGAAAUGCAACGUCUUCAACCAUCAAACCCUAACCCAUCAUCGGACCAUUAUGCUCAGCUAUACAAUGCACAGCAGUCUUCUUCCUAUGCUCAUCAAUAUCCUUACUACCCACACCAAACCCAAAACCCUACCUUAGUAGACCCUCCGACCCUUCCGCCUGGAAUCGACUCCUAUGCAGCCAUUAAUUCGUACCAUACUACCCAUGUAGGUUUGGAAGGCCAGGCGGCCGUCACCUAUGGUCACCAUGUAGCUCAGAUCGGUGCAUUGACUGCUGCAGCGUAUUAUCAGGAUACGAGUACUGCUGUGCAGAAUUGGGCUACCACUGAAUCUAUACAACAGUUUGGUGCGGAUCACGCGAGCUACACUGCUGCUAGCUUAAGACCUAACGGGGCACAGACGUUGGUUGCAGCAAACCCCAAUCCCCUUGGUUGGAGUAAAAAGCCAAAGACUCACCCUGCUGUGAAUGGCGUCUGGAAGAAAGGUGCACAGAAAACCAAAAUAGUGCAGUCUGCCUGGUGUGAAAUCUGCAAGAUUGACUGUAACAGCAAGGAUGUCUUGGAGAUUCACAAAUUGGGAAAGAAACACAAGAAGAACCUGGAGAAACUGGAAGAAUCAAAGACUUCUGCCAGUGCACCAGCUGCAGGAAAGGAUCCCAUGAUUGGGCCAAAAGAAAACCCCGCAGCUGACAAGGGCAAGACUGUGGAUGUGCAACAGAGUAAAAAGAAGGGAGCAUCAUCUUUGGGGCCUGGGGAGGAUCUAGAAACAAAGAGGAGGAAACUGAUGGAAGGAGGGGCGGCAGCCGAUGCAGUGAGGGUGUGCCCAGUAUGCAAUGUGGUGUGUAAUAGCCAGACUGUCUUCAAUUACCAUCUGGCAGGGCAAAAGCAUAUUAAUAUGGUGAAGAAACAAGCAGCAUUAGCAGCAGCUGGAACAGCCAAUCCUCCUGCUGGUCCUGGGGUGGUUACUGCUGCUUAGAAGAACGCUGCCCUGG